AUGGGGCAUAAGUUACCGUGCCGUCUAAUAGAAGCGAAUGCGCCAAGCGUUCCAUUGCACAUCUUCCUUCGUCUUUUAGGAUAUGCAUGGGUUACAUUGGCUACAAACGAUGCCUAUUCUUUGGGAGCAUUGGUCCUGGCGCACUCCCUACGUCGGGUCGGCACCAAGUACGAGCUGGCUUGUCUGGUCACUCCCGGAGUUACGGCAACGAUGAGAGAAAAAUUGGCGGCAGUAUUCUCCUUGGUGCAGGAAGUUAAUGUUCUCGAUUCCAAAGACGAGGCAAAUUUGGCCUUACUGGCUAGACCAGAAUUGGGAAUCACUUUUACCAAAUUACAUUGCUGGAGGCUAACUCAAUAUGAAAAAUGUGUGUUCAUCGAUGCAGAUGCGCUUGUGGUACGAAAUUGCGAUGAACUAUUCGAGCGCGAAGAAUUAUCGGCCGCGCCCGAUGUCGGCUGGCCCGAUUGCUUCAAUUCCGGAGUAUUUGUGUUCAGACCGUCUCAACAAACGUUCGCGUCAAUCACUGCGUUUGCCGCGGCCAAGGGCUCGUUCGAUGGCGGCGAUCAAGGCUUAUUAAAUAUGUACUUCAGCGAUUGGGCCUCUAAGGACAUCUCCAAACAUCUACCAUUUAUUUACAACAUGUGUUCCACCGCGACGUAUUCGUAUCUGCCUGCAUUUAAGCAAUUUGGCGAGGAUGUCAGAAUAAUACACUUUAUUGGCAUAACGAAACCCUGGUUACAGUAUUUUGAUACCCUAACCGGUGUCGUUCAACCACCGCCAGGAUCUGUGCAUUUGCAACCGCUGUUGCAAGUGUGGUGGAACAUAUUCUGCGAGCAAGUGCAUCCACAGCUAUCGCCCUCCAUGGCCACCAGCACAUUGGCUCCAAUUUGGCACACAUUUGCUUCCUCGUCCUACCUAUCUCCCGUUUCCGAUAUUUCCGUUUAUUCUAAUACAAUAAACCGUAACGACGGUUAUUCUCGAACGCCGGAUUUCUCAGAAUUUAAAGAUCCCUGGGAGGAAUACUCUCCACAGAAUGAUUCGUUUCCAACCAAUGACAGUGCAUUGAGUGACAAGAAUGAUAAUUAUUAUUGUGGAGCAGGAUAUGAGAAAGAAGCUACGGAUGUUGAUCAUAAAAAUGAUCACAAUACAUCUAAAUUCGAACACAAUCAACAAUUUCACUACGAGCAACAUUCUUCUUAUGGUCUUAAACAAACACAACAUAGUUUGCAUCCUACGAAUACUGAACAUAAUCAACACCGAGAACAUGCAACUUCUCAUUUUGAAGAGAGUCAUAGUCAAAGACAAAUACAACACACUGAAGAUUAUUGGCAACAAUAUCAGCCGAGUGAACAGAAACACCAUCCCGAGCAAUAUGGACACAAAGAGCAAAAACAGCAUAAUGAACAAUAUCAACAACAUCAUUAUGAGCAAAGACACCAUAAUGAGCCACAUCAUUAUAAUGAACAGAGACAACAUAACGAGCAUCAUCAGCAUUCUAGACAAUCUCAUCAGCAUGAUUAUUAUAAAAUGGAUGAUCAUCAUAUCCAGCAUCAAUCGGAUCACGAACAACCGCAUUCUACCGAAAAUCAUGCGCAAUACGCUAGUGACCAAACUGCUCACGUAGACUAUCAAAGUCAUACCGUUUCUCAUAACGAUUCCCACCCGCAGCAUCAUAUCCAAAAUAGUGCUCAAGACAAUUUUACAUCUCACUGUCGUCAAAGUAACGAGAAAAAUAGCGAGCAAUCGUCGGAAACUGCGAAUAAACAGACAGACAUGCAGAGAAUCAAUUUCCACCCUUCCUCUCCUACACCUUGUACAGAUCUCCACAAUGUAGCCAUGCGAUCUGACCCGAAUAUAACGGAACAUCUAGACAAUGCAAAUACGGGUAUCGCCGGUGCCUUGGCUCAGUUGACGUUGGGCGAAGCGAGGAGCGCCGAGCAAAUAGCUUUGGAGGAGCAUAUGAGGAAGCAGAGCUGGGAGCAGGGACAGAUCGACUACAUGGGUCGCGACAGCUUCGAUAAUAUAUGGAAGAAGAUCUGCGAGACACUUUCUCUUUCGCCGCAACGUCAACCAUCUCCACCUAAAGAGGAUGUUGCUGAAUCAAAGGAAAGCGCCGCUACUGCUGACGAUGAGUCUGCUGAGCUAAAGACUGUUACACCUAUAGAUGUCGAAGUAAAUAAAGUUGAUGAGGCGGAUAAGGAUCUAACGCAAUCUCUAGUAUGCGAAGCUUCCGAGGAAAAGCUUUCGGCGGCGCAAACUACGUGUGAGAUUAGUGACGAAAGCGUCACCAUCGCGCAAUCCUCUGAGCAGAAAGCAUCUGCGUUACCUUCCGAAGAAAGUGUCACGGUACAAGCUGCUGCAAUAAAGGUAUCAAGCGAGCUGAUACAACCGGCCGCAAUAGAAAGCGCAAAACCAACAGACAAAAAAUUAUGCGAAACAAGUACUGAAUUGUCUUCUACCCAAGAAUCGGCGUCUCAAGCCAAAAACGAAAGUCUUUCUGUCGAAACGCAACAAGUUGAUUCACAAGCAUCAACAUGUCUCUUGGUAGAUGCCGCCUGUAAGAAAGAUGUAAUGCCUGUUACGCAAAUUGAGAGCACGCCUAUUGAGAUGAAACUAGAAACUCCAGCUUCCGUUACUCAAGACGCAACGGAGCUUAAAACAACUGAAAUUAGCGUAGAUAGUCCACAGAAUAUCGCUGCUUCUUCUAUAACGAGCGAAGCGUCGCUGAAAGAAACCGCGAAACGUGUUAUCGAAUCCGAUGUAACGCAACCUCUCACGAUAGAUCCGAGUGAGCGGCACGCAGAGAUGCUGCUGGCGGCUUCUGAAAUUUCCACCGUGAGUCCCGUGCCUAUCCAGGUAGCGGAAUCGGUUCUUCAGGCGGAACCCAAAGAGUCCGUGUCAGGCGCGGCUGUAGCCAUGCGCGAUCAAGCAAUCGCUACGACGGUCACAGCCGUGCAUGAAUCCACGGAUAUCGUUCCCGCAGCGAUCACAGUGGAAUCUGUUCAAUUGAACGGAUCGGAUUGUGAGAAACACGAUGAUAUCGCAACUGUAGUUGCCAAUUUAUCGGAAAGUGCUGACCUUUCUGCUCGACAGGCAAAAGAAUUCGCGAAUGACUUAGUUAUCACAAAAGAUGCACCAUCAGAAACAUCAUCGGCUACUGUAGAGACGUCAACAACGUUGAUAGAAACACCGGAACCAAAGUCUCUAAUGCAAAUUGUAAAGAUGGAAGCGGCAGAAGCGAAAUCCGCAGAGCAAAUUGUAAAAGCAGAAACGGCAGAGUGUACCGAACAAAUUAAGCAAACCAAGAUAACGGAAGCAGCAGUAAUAGCGAAAUCGUCUAGCAAAAUUCCAGAAACAUCAGAGAUUGCCGAGCCAAGUUCGGCGGAAGAACCUACUGAAGCGAAAGCGCUCAAUAUCCCAUCGACGCCGACAGUGAUCGAGGCUACACCGCCGACCAGUCCGUCUGUAGAGAGCACGCAGGAGGCGGAAGAAAAGCAAGCCGAGAAGAAGAGCCUAAAGAAGUCCGAUUCGCCGGAUGGUGCGGAUGGAGAAGGUGCGGACAAAAAGGCGGUGAAGAAGACGGUAAAGAAGAUGGUGAAGAAACCGAAAACGAAACCUGAGGAGACUCCAUCGACCACGGCGGAGGGCGCAACCGCCGCGGACGCUUCCCAGAGCAAGCCAAAAAAGACAGUGAAAGUCACAAAGAAAAUCGGCGCGAAGACCGGACAGACUCUAGAAACCGACACGAGUGUGCCGGAGACCCCGCCGCCGCCGUCGUCGCCAGCCAAUGCCGCUGCUGUCGCCUCUGACGUGCCUGUUCCGCCCAAACGAAAGACGAAGAGUACCAACGCGAAAGGAACGACCGGCAAGAAGCCCGAGACGGAAGAGUGAUCCGAAUCGACAAUGACGAUACUUAAUAACGCGAAAGUCCGAGAGACCGGGAAGAGGUCCUUAAUCGUUCCCGAUGGACGGGGAUAUAUCGAAGUUCAGAGCUUUAACCUUUUCGAGAUUUCACGUUGCUGAGAGACUAAAUACUUUCGCGCUCAAAUUUUUUUAAAUAGUUUUCUUAAGAUUUGAAAUUUCGUUGAGGAACGGCUCGAUUAGCUAUUGAGAUUCAAUAGCUUGCUAAAAAAGUGAUAAAAACUGUCAACUAUAUAAUACAGCCGAACGCCGUCUCGAAAGGAUUAAAGAACACUUGGUAAUAGAAGAUUAUACUUGCUAGUCUGUUACACAGUUUUUUGAUACUUUUAAUAUAUCUCGCAAGAGAAAGUUUCUAUAUCGCCAUUGAGCUUGAUAUCGCCGAGAUAUUCGCCGGAAGUAUCGAGCGAUACGGAAAGUUUAAUCGUCGCAAUACAUAAUUCUUAUUUAUAUCAACGCGUUACUCCACACUUGUCUUAUAUCUCUCUUUUUCUUUUUUUUUAUUGAUGAUAUAUACUCUACUCAUUUUUACAUAUCGUAUUUGUGUAAUUAUCGUUUUCUCGUGUCUGACGUUAUUCAAGCGGGCUCUCGCAUAUUCCGAAUAUGUUAUAUACGGGUUACGAUGCAACCUGCUGUGCCUUGCCCGAGCAACGCGAACUUGAAUGUCCUAUCGUGAGCGAGUAUUUUAUAUCUGUCUAUUUACUUCAGUAUACCUGAUAAAUUGCAAGAAGAAGAGAAAACCAACUGUGAUUGAUCAGUUCUAUUGAAUCAUGUUUAAAAUUUACGCAAAUCGAACGCCAGUCAUAAUUUGUGAAAUUACCGCGAAGAUUUUACGUUUUAUAUAUGUAAUGUUAUGCAAUGUAUAUAGGGUGUUUCGGAGCGAAAGCAAUAAACUUUGUCAGCGUACUCGGAAGCACGCUGGUAAAGUAUCUCAGUUUCAUUCCGGAACACUAAUUCCUGUAUAUACAUUGUAAUAACGUCUUGUCAUCGCUUAUUUACAUCGACCGAACGAAAUGGAAAAUUAAAAAAGAAGAUCUUCAACUGAUGAAUUACAGUUUCAUCGAGAAACGAGAAGAGGGAGAGAAAGCAUGCUAAUUUAUAUUACACAUACGAGAAUAACGCAACGCUUUGCGAAAACGGCAACUGAGAUAUUACGCGAGGAAUCUUAACCGUUUAUUUUUUUUCUUUAUAUACACAUAUAUUUAUAUAUAUAUUAAAUUAUAUUUUUCAGUGUGUAUUUUUACUCUGUUUUGUUGAUAUUUUCAGGAAAUAUACACCUUUUCUCAUGAUAUAUAUACACACACACACACACAUAGAUAUAUAUGUACAAAAUCCUUCCUUAUUCUAAUUUAGAUUUAAGCAAGCAAAUAAUUUUUUUAAAAUGCGUACAACACUACUCUUUCAAGAGAAUUUAUUGCAAUAUAGUAUGUAAUACACUGAAAGCUUUUUAAUGGUAAUUUAAAAAAAGAAGACUUCUAUAUAUAUAAUAAUGUAAUUUUGUUAUUGAUCUAAAUGUUUGAAAGAAGAAAGUGAUAGGAGAUACUCCAAAGAUGCAUCUAUAUAGUGCAAGAUUUGUAACAAGACUUAUCAUUAAUAAAAUAUGUAUCGUCAA